AUUUAUUUUCUAUUCAAAUUUUUAUUAUAUUUAAAUUAAUUAAAAUUUUAAAAAUAUUUUCAAACUUUUAUAUUGUUAUCCCACGAGAGAUAUCCCAGUUGGUAUAUAUGUCCUUCCGCCAAAAAUAAGAAAAUUUUAAAAAUUUCCCAUCCCUACUUGUAGUAGGAUUAUCCGUUUUGUUCAUCUGGAAAUUAUUAUUAUUAUUAUUAUUUUUUUUUAAGUUUAGAGAUCCAAAUUAAGUUCAGUGUAAUUUUCAGAAUAAAUGAAAAAACAUGUGAAAAACAUCAAAGCAAAACACGUAAUUGCCAUGCGCGCGCGCAUAUAUAUAUAUAUAUAUAUAUAUAUUCAAUGGUGCAUAUUGUUUGUCGGCGAAACUUAAUGGUGCAAAUUAAAGUGAUAUUUGGUGCAUGGGAAGGCAACGACUCCAUGCUAUGGAGAUGGAAGAAAACCAGUUGAAUAUCAGCUUGCCAACCCAUUCAUUUCUCCUCCUUUUAUCUCGGUAAAUUUUCGCCUUCGUCGAUUUCGCGCAAUCUAUAGCCUACAUUGAAAUUUCUGGUUAACGAGGUUUGAAAUAACCGUGGCUAGAUGCGGGGAGGGGGGGCGUCUUGAAUCAAGGGAAUUCGAUUCCAUUUCAAUUAUGCAGUGUUGAGAUUGGGAUUUUCCUAGGGUUUGAAUCGGUGAGUUGAACUUGAAAUCGUUUGGAUUUUUGCGUAUUUUAGUCGUUCUAGAGAUUCGGUGAAGAGAAAUUGUAAUUUCUGCGUUAAUCGAGUUGGAAUUACAGUCGAAACCCGCAUAUUGGGACAGAUUAGGAUGGAUUUUUGGCGUUUUUGCUUUGUGAAAUGCCGGAAUUUCUAUGGUUCUUUUAGGGCUAGGGUUUACAAUGAGGCGAAAUUAUAAUUGUGUGGAAUUGACUUGAUUUGGUUGGAAAAAGGGGAAGAACAGUAGAUGAAAGGUAAUUAGGAAGAACAUCAAUGGAGGAUAUAUCGAAAGAUGAACAUAGCCUGUAGAAUUGAUUUUAAUUGAUUGCAGAAAGGGGAAGAACAGUAGAUGAAAGGUAAUUAGGAAGAACAUCGAUGGAGGAUAUAUCGAAAUAUGCACAUAGCCCUGCUCAUACGGCUGUACUGAACCGAGAUCACGUCGCAUUGAGACGGAUAGUAUCGGCGCUGCCGAAGCUAGCAAAGGCCGGAAAAGUUAACACAGAGGCAGAGUCUUUGGCAGCCGAAGCAGAUGCAGAAGCUGUGUCCGCAGUGAUCGAUAGGCGCGAUGUUCCGAGGAGGGAAACUCCAUUGCACCUCUGUGUUCAGCUACACGACACUGUUUCAGCCGAGAUUUUAAUGGAAGCCGGCGCAGAUUGGAGGCUUCAAAACGAGAACGGAUGGACUGCGUUCGAGGAGGCUGUGUGCGUCGACGAAAGCAUCGCGACGAUCAUAGCAAGGCGAAAGGAGCCUCUUUCGUGGGCGAAAUGGUGCCGUAAUCUUCCGAGGAUUUUGGCGUCAGCAUCUCGGAUUCACGAUUUCUAUAUGGAGAUAACGUGGAACUUCGAGAGCUCGGUGAUUCCGUUCAUCGGUAGGAUCGCGCCUUCGGAUACUUAUCGAAUAUUGAAGCGCGGCUGCAACUUGCGCGCAGACAUGACGCUGGCGGGAUUCGAUGGAUUUCGGAUUCAACGCUCGGACAGGACGAUUAUGUUCCUCGGAGAGGGCUAUUCGUCGUUCGAUGGGAAGACAUCGCUGUCUCCCGGAUCUUUGAUCGUUCUUGCGCACAAGAAGAAGGAGAUCACGAACGCGCUCGAAGGCGCCGGAGCUCGGCCAUCGGAGGGCGAAGUCAGGCGACAAGUCGCUUUAAAGAAGUCGCAAGUUAAUAUGUCGAGAUCGGGAAUUGAUGUUUCUCAGGCCGAGCUCAUUCCCCAAUUGAAUUGGCGACGGCAGGAAAAGAGCGAGAGCGUCGCGGGCUGGAAGGCGAAGGUUUACGAUAUGCAUCACGUCCAAGUGAGCGUGAAGUCGAGGAGAGUUCCCGGCGCCGCCGCCGCCGCGCCCGACGGGAAGCAGAUUUCUUCAGCUAAUGACGAUUACCGAUUAGCCAAUUUAAGCGACAACGAUGAGUAUCACGACGUGUUGACAGCCGAAGAAAGAAUGCAGUUGGAUUCCGUUGAGGAGAAUGGUUUAUUCGAAGAUGACGACGCUGAUGCGCAUGAAAGCUUCGAUCCCGCCUCGUUCAAAAGCGGCGGAUCGAUUGGUUCAACGAAGGAGAAGAAGAGUUGGUUGGCCCGGAACAAGAAGAGCACCAAGAUCAAGUUGGUACCUAAAGAAGACAAACACAAAUCGAAUGAAAAUCGUCAAUUAUCAACCGAGUUUCCUCCCGAGGAUUCGGGAGACAACAAAAAGGUCAAGAAGAAGAACAAAAAGGGCGCCGCCGUCGACUCCAAGAGCGAUGGCAAGCAAAAGAAGCCUCUGAGACCAGUUCUAUGGCUAACGCCGGAUUUUCCUUUGAAAACCGACGAACUCUUGCCUUUCCUCGACAUUCUGUCGAAUCAGGUGAAGGCAGUGAGACGAUUGCGGGAGUUUUUGACGACUAAAUUUCCUCCAGGGACAUUCCCCGUCAAGAUUGCGAUCCCGAUUGUCCCAACAGUUCGUGUUCUGGUGACCUUCACAAAGUUUGAGGAGCUUCAGGCGUCAGAGGAGUUCUCGACGCCUCCUUCAAGCCCAACGCAGCUCCACGACGAAGAGGCGGAGGGAUCGAGAUCGUGGAUGUCGUGGAUGAGAAGCUUUAGGGGAUCGUCUAGCGAUGGCGAAAGCCAUGAAGUCGAUCCUUUCCACAUUCCGUCGGAUUAUUUAUGGGUUGACGCGAAUGAGAGAAGGCGACGAAUGGAAACCAAGAAGGCUAAUGCCGAGAAAAAUCAAAGGGAAAGGGCGCGAAAAAAUUCGGAUGGAGCACAACGAUACGUGAAGGAAGUUGAAUCGCAAUAGCUCAUGAAAAUUAUAACUCUUCUUACUACUGUUGUAGGUGCGUUACGUAGUCGACUUUCUUAUGUACCUUUCAAUUAGGCAAUCUAGUCUCUGUUCUUCUGGAGAUUUUUUUAAUAGUAAUUUGGAAGUGAUAGUUUUGUAAAAAAAAGAAUAAUGUAUUUUUUGAAAAUUUGCUAUUGUUGCAUUGUAAAAAAAUUGAAAC